GCCCGGAACUCCCCCACCGAUGUGACCUUCAGGCUGGGUGGCAGGCCACGGCAGAUGAGCAUUGAUGGUCUGGCCUUCAGGCUGGGGAUCCAGUACCACCCCUACUCCCCGCACGAGCUCGAGAUCCCACAUCCACAGGACUGGAACCAGGACGAGUUCUACCGCUGAAUACCUAGACACGACUAUGGGAUGGACUACUUCGACACCGGCCAGACAUACGUCUGCACCCUUAAGCCACAGUGGCACAUCCUCAACAUGCUGAUCACCCACUCCAUCGUCCCCAAUGCCACUGGUUCGCACAAGAUCCCGAAGCGGGUGCUCUACGCCAUGUAUUCGAUGGGGUACCUGGAGCACAUGCUACACUUGGGUUCUUUCGUGGCUAACACCAUCUCUCGUUGCCACGAGAAACCCAACCAUCUCUUCUAUGGUCCCCUGAUCACCCGACUGGCGCGCCACUUCGAGAUUGACCUGGAGGGACUCACGGAUGCCUCAGCACGGGGCGGCUCCACCCCUCUCAGCCAGGAAGUGCUUCGCAAUGCACUCCUCCUGGACUGUAAUGGCGCCCGCUCCUGGGUGGAUGGUUUGUCUUUGCCCCCUGAGGAGGAUGCGGAUCUUGAUGAGGAUGAGAAUGACGACGACUACACCAGCGAGGAAGGGGAUGAUGAUGAUGAUGAUGAUGGAGGGGCCAUGGAGGCUGAUGAGCCAGAGCCCCCGCUCUCCCCCACCAGGGGACCUUUAGCCACGACGGAGAUCCGAGAGAGGCUAGUCCUCCUCCAGUCCUUCUGGUCCGUCGAUGGCUUCUGGCCCGUCAAUGGACUUCUUCACGUAGCACUUCCAGCAGAUGAGGCUCCAGUUUCAGCAGCUCGGGCUCUAGAACCAGCAGCUCAUGGACCAUCAGGUCCAGUUCUAUCAGUAGUAUUCGGCCCACCAGGCUGAGUACCAGUCACGGAUGACGGUUGUGGACGAGCGCCUCGACCGGAUGGACGCUCAGCUGGGAGUCACUAGUUCUCGCAUCGAGCGAGAGCGGGAUCGUAGUCGCCGGAUGAUGGAGUACUAGGAGUACCUGCUCCAGUCCUGCCACCCGCCAUAGGAGCACCACUUAACCACCCAGUGGGACCACUCACCACCCCCGACACCACCAACAAAUGGGGUUGACGACC